CCGCAUCGCACGGGGAGUUUGAAACUAGCGGAGGAUUCAUUCAAAGCACACUGGUGAGACAAGCUGUACAAAGUAACUUGUCCAAUAGCAUCCCCAAAGUCCGUUUUGGGGACCAGCACUGUGCUGCCUACUGUAGCCCGUUUGAUUGGCUCAGUAGACAAUCAGAGUGUCGGCGGCGAACCAAGUUGAAGGUGCCUGGACGGCAUGAAAAGAGCAAUUCGUUCUUCGCUGAUUGGCAUCCUGAUUGUACUUUGGCAAGGAAGCAACCAUCAAACCUUCGCGCUGCCAAAGCAGCCUAGUUCAUAUUUUGUGCGGCAAAGACAGGGCUUCGGCGUUCAUGCCCCAGCUGGGGAAAGACUUGGUAUGGUGGUAAAUACGAACACAACUGGCCUGAUCCUUGAGCCAAGCCAGGAGGAAAAGACACUUGCUUCUCAGCUCAAAGCAGCAGGCAAUCAAAAGAAUGGUCGUUGGCAACAAGUCUAUGCCAAGUAUUCUGGGUUCAGUCCAUUGGUGCUGACUGCUGCGAUGCAGGCAGCUCUGAAACAGGGGGACUAUGAGGAGGGCUACAAGAUUUACAAACGGGUCAUACACAUGACACUACCUACAUAUACAAUUGCUAUGAAACUCCUGGGCAAACUUGGGCGACAAGAUGAAGUCGAACGACUCUGGGGGCAGCUAGUUGAGCAGGACUUGGUUGGCCAACUUGCAGCUGGUGGACGCAUCGAUGCGGCAGCCAGCAUCGGAGACAUUCAAGCAGCAGAACAAGUUCUUGACUAUAUGAAAGCAAAGGGUAUUGAGGCCAAUGUGGUGCAUUUCACGUCAGCCAUCAAUGCUUGCGCAAAUUCCGACGAUACAAACCGAGCCAAAGCUGCUCAGCGGUUUCUUGAUGCAAUGCUCACAGCCGGUCUGAUGCCAAAUACUGUAACAUACGGAGCCCUGCUUCGCGCACUCCAACAAGAACCAAAACACCGGUUGCAGAAUUUGCUGGUGGAGAUGAAAGGCCACAAUGUAAGGCCAGACACUGUGUUCGUAGAGUGCUUCCUAUUCACACUGUUAAAUUCUCGCACAAAAGGUGAGUGGAGACGACGAAAUGUCAUUGUGGCACAUCUUAGGAAACUGCCCUUUGCUCACCUCCAAGCAGCAAAACACUUCAUCGACGAGAUGAGAGAUACAAAGGUCAGAUUAGCUUAUUCCUCCAGGUUGAUUGAUGCAGCUCUUCGGGAAGUGCUGGGCUAAGAAGUCUGGCGGCUCUAGUUGACGCUAUGAGCCCAGGCAGAGCUUGGCCACCGAAGAGUGGAUUUUAUGCGAAGGCACUAAGGCAGUGGAAAAAGGAUGCAAAGUGAAA